AUGCUGGAUAUUCAUGGACCAGACAUCGCCAGGAUCCCCGCUGACAGCAAAUCCCUUGCAGAUGAUGGCAAGCCUGAGCUCGAGCCGUCGAUGGAGAGCACUUUCAGCAUCCAUGUUCCCGUCAACACCAGCUUGAACGAGCAAGUGCUGAGCUUUGUCACUUCGCCUGACCCAGCAACAAGCGAAUCUCAGUCGACAGAAGAUGCCGAGUUCGACACGGACGACUGGCAGACUCUAGAGCGUUUCAAGAACCGCACGGUCUUCUCCAUUGGUUCUACCUCAAGCCAAUUUCUUUAUCAAAGGGAAAUACCACGUCUGGCGAAGGAACACAGUGUCUUGAUGCACCUCACGCUCACACUGACGCUGAUGCAAGAUCGCUUCUUCGAGGAUGUCAGAUUGGAGGAGCCAAGUAAGCAGACGGAAGCGGAGGCCUACCACUGGUAUCAGGGGACCGUCAUAUUCAAUACGCAGCUCCGCCAGCUACACUCUCCAAUGAAUAGCGACGAGCGCGACGCCCUCUGGGGCAGUGCCGUGAUGCUAGGGUGCAUUGCCUUCUUCUGCAUCGAAGGCGAAACUCCACAAGAAGUAUGGCCGCUCAAACCGCCGGGCCCACUCGAUCUCGACUGGCUGAAGAUCUCUGAUGGCAAGAAAGAGGUCUGGCGCGUUGCGAACCCGCUACGGCCAGAUUCCUGCUUCUCGUCACUCGCCGAUGAACAAGUCGCCAUGGUGGCCUCUGCCCUUGGCGAGGCGCCCAUCAUGGAGGGCUUCAAGGAACUCUGGGAUAUGCAUCCGUACAAGCGCGCGGCUGGCGUCAUCGGAGAAUUGAUGAGCUUGGAGGUCACCAGGCGGACGUUUCUACAUUUCCUGACGUUCAUCGCGUACGUGGAGGGCGAUUUUGGCCGAGCACUUGGCCAGCGAGAUCCGAAGGCUCUGCUGCUGCUAGGCAUGUGGUAUGCCAAGGUGGCGAGGUAUAAGCAGUGGUGGCCAUUGCGGCGGGCGGUGCUGGAGGGUCAGGCGAUUGCCUUGUACCUGGAGCAGAAUCAUCCAGAAUUUGUGCAGGGUCCGGCGAGGCAUAUGCACGACUUUGUGAGACGAGGUACUGGGCUGGAAAAGGACUGGGGCUGGAGGGAUUUUGCGAGGGAGGCUGGUAUGGGGAACAUUGGAGACGUCGUGGGCACGUGUCGAGAGAGAUUUGGAUCCGGGUACUAUGCUCCAGCGUGA